AUGAGAAAAAAAUCAAUCUUAAAGAAAGCAAGAUAUUUAUCACAAGCAGAAGAAACUUCCUGUAUAUUAGGUGAACAAAAUGGUGAAACAAAAGAAAAUGGAGAUAACUCUAGUGAAAAAAGUAAACUCAAUACAGAAAUUAAAACAUUUGUGGAAGAUACUAAUAAUGAACUUAAUUUUUAUCUUGAUGACGAAGAAAUUAGUAAUGCUACAGAAAAAUGUCAAAAGACAUCCACAUAUAUAAAUUGGAGAGGAAUGGACUUUGUUAAUUUAGUAUUAAAUGAAGAAACAGAUCGUAAUAUCUCAAGUCUUGUUGAUUGUUGGAAUGAAAAACAAAGAUCUUUCGAGACAAAAAUACAGGAUAAAACAGAUUCAACAUGUACUUUGAAAAAUUUUGAUUAUUGUGCUGUUUUGAAAAAAAAUGAUGAUUGCACCAGUCCUUAUAAAGGUAGUGAUUUACCAGAUUUAAUUCCAUUAACAUAUAACGAACUCAAUGAGGAUCAAUAUGAAUCGAAUAAAACUAAAAUUAUUUAUGAUAGACGUACUAAGUUUACCAGUAUUACUAAUGAUAUAUCUAAUUACUAUUAUAAAAAAUAUGAAGCUAAUAAAAAUCAACUUAAUUGUGGAAAGUGGAGUAUGUAUAUACAUAAGAGAGGAAAACAAUUUGUAAAUAUGGUGUACUAUGAGUUUUAUUCCGAAGAAACUUUUAGAGAAGAUUCAACUAAUAUUUGGAACACUUAUAGUAAUAACUUGCAAAAUAGUAUAUUAAGAGAUACAGGAAAUCAUUGUAAUAUGACAUCACUAAUUUAUCAAAUUAAAGAGCGACAAAAUUCAGAUGAUCCAUAUAGUUUAUCUUGGAUUCCUUUAGAAGACCAUGAUGAACCUGAUGAAACUUUAGAUCCUACAAAUUCACUACAAAAUAUUGCACAACCUACAAUGGAAAUUUCUGAUACACAGCAUGCUAGUUUUGUUGUAGAUUCAUUAGAUGAUGAUGCAAAAGCUAUUAAGGGAGGUUAUAGUGAUUCUAUAAAGAGUCCCAUAAAUGCUAUAGCAUCACCGAAUGAUGCAGAUAAAGAUUCAAUGGCUGCAAAAGCUGCAACUACUGCUUCUCCAGAACAUCCACCACAGCCCAUUUCUUUAACAUCAAAUAAUUCGAAUGGAUAUGACUUUAAAACUGAUCCUUCAAUUUUACCUUCUCCUACAAAUGAUACCGAUACAUAUUCUAAUACUAUCAUUAGAUCUUCUGAAAACCAUACUCCACCUUCUCCUGAAACCGUAUCUUCUCCUGAGAAUGUACCAUCUGUUAUACCCAUGUUUUCUGAAAAUACCAAUUCAUCUUCCUCAGAAAUUUCUGCAUCCCCUAUUGCUGGGUCUGCUAAUUCUACAACUAACGGUGAUACUUCUGUAUUUAAUGGUACACAUUCUACAAAUAACCAUGCAUCUCCUGCUAUAGAUAUCCUCAAAUCUCCCACUCCUAGCAGUGCACAACCUAUAACUGUUACUGAAAUUAAUUCUAAUGUUACUGCACCUUUUUUAAAUGAAUCAUUAACUGAGGCACCUAAUUCUAAACCUCCUGUGGAGGCACUUACUCCUCUAAUUAAAGCUGCACUUCCCAAAAAUGAUACUGUGUCUCCAUCCUCAUUAAAAUCUUUAGCGCCUUUAUAUAUCAAUGUAUCUCCUAGUAAUACAACUGAAUCUGCUACAACAAAUAAUGAUAUACAAUUAUCUGAAGCAAACUAUUCCCCAACACAAAGUUCACAAAAUGCACUUACUUCCAUUGCUCAACAUAAUAAAUUACCUUUAAUCGGAGCUCAAAAUGUUUCAUUAUCAAAUUGUUUGAGCAAUUGUCCUUCGAAUAUGAAUGUUACAAAUAGUACUACCCCACAAACUCCAUUCGAUGAGAAUAUUGAACCUACACCUACAAUUAAUCCUGAAGUAAAUAUAUUAACAAUAGCUCCAAUAGGUAUACUCAUUUUAGGAAUUAUAUUCCUUUUAGUUAUUCUCUAUAGAUGCACUCCUAUUGGAUCUUGGAUUCGUAAUCGAAAGUCAAGGAAAAAAAAAAUAAGAAAAAAGAUAAAGAAAAUUUCAAAGAAACCAAUACCAUUAUCUACAAAUAAUAUAGAGGAUGGACCAAUGAAUAGUGGAAAUCACUCUAUGUUACAACAUGAAAAACAAACACCACCAUGUGAGGUUAGUUUUGAAAGAGAAGGAAAUUUGAAAUAUGAACAAAUGGGAAAAUCCAAAGAACGUAAAGGAAUAUACAAUGAAAAAGAAAAUAAACGCAUUUGUGAUGAUAAAGAAGAAGAGUCCAAUAAGUUUGAGAAUAAAUUUAUAAGUGAACAAAAAUUAAAUGAAGAUAAUCCUAAUAGUGAAAUUAAAAAAGCGGAAUUGAAUGGAAAUGAACCCAGUAGUGAAAAUGAAGAUGAAUUAAAUAAAAAUAUAUUAGAAAAAGAUCCUGUUCAUAUGGUAUGGCAUAUUAGAAAUGGCACAUUAAAUGAGGAAAAAGAAAAUGAAAUAAAUUCGCAAAAGGAAAAAUCUACAUGUGAAAUUGAAAUGAAAAAUUUGGGAAAUAAAACGACAAUCAAGAAUAAUGUAUGUAAUUGGAAUUCAUGGGUAGAUAUACAUAUGACUGCAUUACUAGAGUAUAAAAAAGAAGAAUGGAAAUUGAAUAAAAACGAAUUUUUUGAUAUUUGUUUAGAAGAGAUCGAAAAAGAUGGAGAAAAUUCUAAUUUAAAAGAAAUGGGAAAUAAUUCUGUAAUGAAAAUAAAAGAAGAAAAUAAUACCGAUGCAACAGAUAAAUAUAGUAGUAUAUUAGAUAAAUAUAAAAAUGAAGAGUGGUUUAUUAAUUUGAAGAAAGAAUGGGAACAAGAACAAAAAAAACACUUAGAAUAUUUAGAAGAACAUGAAAUUAAAAAAAUGACAGAAUUGGGAUUAAAUAAUUUUAUUCUAGGUAAAAAAAAAAAAAUAUGGAAGAAAUGGAUAAAAUGGCAAAUAGAGCAUUCAUACGAAUACAAAAAUCAGAAAUGGUUUGUACAAUUGCUAGAAGAAUAUGAAAAAGAAGAAAUACAUGAAAAUUCAAAGGAAGAAAAAAUAGAGAAAGAAAGAAAUAAUGGAAUAGAUAAAAAUGAAAUGAAGAAAAAUUUGGAAAGGAGAAUUUUGUUAGAUAUUCAUAUGAUGGUAUUAGAGGAAUGUAUGAAAGAAGAGUGGGAAAAAGAAGAAGAAUUUUUUAAAACAAACAUUGAAGUGAUAAAAAAUUAUAAAAAUUUGGACGAAGAAACAAACAUAUUAGAUAAUAUAGAAGGAGAAAGAAGUUGGAAUAUUAUAUCAGAGAAAGAAAAAGAGGAAAUAGAAAAAUGGAAAAAAGAAAAAUGGUUUAUUGAGUUAAUGUUAGAAUGGAAAAAAAAUGAAGAAAAAUAUAUGAUGGAGAUAAAUGAAGAAAUUUUAGCAAAAAAGAAUCAAGGAAGAGUAAUAGAUGUUAUCUUAGAAAGAAAAAGCAAUAUGCGGAAAAAACACUGUGAAAAUAUUUGUAGAAAGUGGAAAGAUGAUGAUAACAAUGAAGAAUGGUUUACAAAGUUAGUGAAUGAAUAUGAAAAUGAAGAGAAAGAAUAUAAAAGUAGAAUUGAUAAAAAUAGUAUAGAAAAAAAAAUAGAAAAUGAAAAAACCAUAGAAAGUUGUGAACCGCUAACAGAGUUUAACAAAAAGGGAGAAGAAAAAAUGAUAAAAUAUGAAAGGAAUAGUUUACAGGAAUCAUAUGAAAAGAAUAACUCUAUAAUAAUCAAAAAAAAAUUAAAAUGGAAGACAUUAAUAGAAAUAUAUAUGGUAAUAUUGGAGGAAUAUAGAAAAGAGGAGUGGUUAUUGAGUAGAGGAAAAUUUUUAGAAAUCUGUUUAGAAGAAUUUAUAGAAGAAGAUAAAGAAAAAUAUCCAAAAAAAAUAGAAAAUAAAUUAGCAAGGUUGAGAGAAGGGGAAGAAGACAUUAGUACAUUGAUGAUAGAGAAACAAAAACAUCUAUGGAAAAAAUGUGUAGAAAGAAACAAAAGAAUGUCAGAGAAAUGGAAAAAAGAAGAAUGGUUUAUAAAUUUGAAAAAAGAAUGGGAAAAAGAACACGAAAAAUUUGAUGAAUUAACAAAAGAAUCAGAAAUAUCUGAUAUAGAAGCCGGAAAAAAUCCUAUGCUAGAGAAACAAAAAAGAAUAUGGAAACGAUGGCUAAGAAAACAAAGAAUGUGGUUUAUACUACAUAGCGAGGAUGAAUGGUAUAACAAUUUAUUGGAAGAAUACGAAAAAGAAGAAGAACUUAAGGAAAGAAUAACUAAAAAUGAUGCGAAAGAAGCGAAGGAAAUUCAUGAAAAUAUAGAGGAAUUGAAACAAGAAAGAGAUGAAGAAAUAAAGAAAUAUAAAAAAAAAGAAAAAUUGAUACAAAAAGUUUUGAUAGAAAUACAUAUGACACUAUUAGAAGGAUUUAUGAAAGACGAAUGGCAAAAAGAAAAAGAAUAUUUUUUUAAAACAAUGAUGGAAGAAUUGAAAAUACAAGAAAAUUUAGAUGAAGAUGUAAUCAUAUUGGAAAUAAAAAAAAAAAGAAGUAGGAAUGCUAUAUUAGAUAUUGAAAAAGUGGAAAUAGAAAAAUGGAAAAAGAAAAAAUGGUUUAUAGAGUUAAUGUUGGAAAUGAAUAACAAGGAAAAAACAUACAUAAAAGACGUAUAUGAAGAUAUGAUAGAAAAAAAGUAUGAGGAAGGAAUUAAAAAUCCCAUGUUAGAAAUGCAAAAAAUUAUAUGGAAAAAACACUGUGAAGAUAUUCAUAAAAGGUGGUUAGAAAAAAAUAAUAAGGAAAUUUUACAACACUAA